AAUAAGCGCUUGCCUGCCUCUGACAGCAGGAUACAAUCAAGAUAAGUUAAGAAAAAUAGUAGGAUUGCAGGAGUGGAACGUAGGUUUUAUUGAAAGUGAAACUAGGGAAUACUUAAAAAAAAUAGAAGUGCCUUUGCACCAAAAAAUGGGAUAUUUAGUGUCCCGGGAAAGAUGAUCAAUUUUCCGGGACAGACAUUAAAAAAAAGAGAACAAUCCCGGGAAAACCAGAACGUGUGGUAACCCUAUUUUGAGUGUCUUUUUAAAACUAUAACUCAUUAAAAUGAUCAUCCAGCCCAAUUUGUAUUCAGUGUACAAACCCAUUAACAAGCACAACAAACAAGAACAUCUUGCUGAAUGCUGAAAGUUUCCCCUCACAGUUCCACUUCUCAAAACAUAGCUGUAUGCAGUGAAAGUGCAGCGCCGUUGGUUUCCCAUAGCAUUUUGAGGAAAAGAAACAUACCAGAUGUGAUCGUCACAUAAAUGUUUAGGUGGCAUGCACUGUAGGGUUCCCUGGCCUACAGGGAUACUACACAGGACACAGCACACUCACUGUACUCACAAGACACUGUACACACUCAUUGAAAAAACAUUUAAGGUUGAUACUUGCCUCUUGCUUUUAUUGGUGAAAUGUUGCAUUCUACCUCAACCACAAAAGCACAGCAGGUAUGACCCUGACUUGCACAUUCAGAAAUUAGUGUCAAUGAGGGUAACAGUAUCUUGGGCAUUGUAGGGAGUAAUUCAAUUUUAACAAUAAAAUAGUGUUAGUUAUGAAAGGGAAGAAUACCUUUAAAACAUUUUUUGGAAAUUAAUGGACUGGAUAACUCCCCAGAGUCAAAGAAAAUAUGUGCUAGCAGUUAUAGGUCAUUAAAAUGUUUACUAGCCUCUCUUGCUCUCUUGAGUUGAUUGUUUGAACUACAUCCAAUAAAUGAGUCCGCUCUAAAUGGGUUGAUGUGAAGAGUGAUAUCACGUUGUUGCUUUAGUUUUAAGAUUAUUUGAUAUGACAAAGAUAUUUCAAAUAUAUUUAAAAUAAUAUAUUUUUCAUUGUUUUGAUAGUGCUUCACAUGCAGGACUGCCGUCCGUGCAUGCGCAACUGAAACGCAGAAACUGUUCUCAUGAAUGAUUUUAUACGAGCUAGUGCUAUUACCUAUCUUUUUCUGUUUAUGGCUAGUACUGACAUAUCCGGAUUGUUGAAUGAAUCGAGUGCAGGAAAAUAUGCCUUUAUAUGAGUAUGCGGACUUUGAGGAGAAUGUGGCCAUCCCAUACAGACGUGUGCUAAUAACAGGUGCCACAGGCCUACUUGGACGGGCUGUGUAUAAAGAGUUCCAGAACAAUGCCUGGGAUGCUUUGGGUACUGGCUAUUCACGGGCACGGCCUCGCUUUCUCAAGUGCAAUUUACUGGAUGAGGAGGCCUUGCGGUCAUUAAUCCAGCAGUUUCAGCCCCAUGUGAUUGUGCACUGUGCGGCAGAGAGGAGGCCAGAUGUUGUGGAACGCCACACUGAAGCUGCCUUCAACCUCAAUGUCCACACAUCAGCCACUCUGGCUAAAGAGACAGCUGGGAUCUUCCUCAUCUACAUCAGCACUGAUUAUGUAUUUGAUGGCCGUAACCCUCCCUACGGGGAGAAUGAUGCCCCCAACCCCUUAAACCUCUAUGGCAAAUCCAAGCUGGAGGGAGAGCGGGAAGUCCUGAGACAUAACCCAGGGGCUGCCAUCCUGCGGGUGCCCAUCCUGUACGGCGAGGUGGAGCGUGUGGACGAGAGCGCGGUCACCGUGCUGUGGGACCGCGUACAGGAGGGCGCCGACAGCUGCACCAUCGACCACUGCCAGCAGCGCUUCCCCACCUACAGCAGCGAUGUGGCUCGCGUCUGCAGGCUGAUGGCCGAGAGGAGACUGCAGGAGCCCUCAUUGCAAGGCAUCUUCCAUUAUUCCGGUAAAGAGCAGAUGACCAAAUACGAGAUAGCGUGUGCAAUCGCAGAUGCUUUUAAUCUACCCAGCAGUCACCUCAUACCGCUGACGGAGCAGCCUGCGGGUGCAGGGGCGCAGCGGCCCCAGAACGCUCAGCUGGAGUGCUCGCGGCUAGAGCUGCUGGGCCUGAGCGUGGAGCCCACACCCUUCAAGAUGGCCAUCCGAGACGUGCUCUGGCCCUUCCUCCAGGACAAGCGCUGCCGGCAGACCGCCUUUCACUGAAGGGUUACCACUCCUCUGGAACUAGAGAGAAAGAGAAUGCAUUCCUAAAACAGUAGUGAUCUUUCAUGUGACAUGGAAUAGUUUUAGCUGAAGUUACCAGUUGAGUGUUUGCACAGUUAUUUUUUCCCAAUCCUGUGAUGGAACAGAUACACACUCAACCUACUUUGGACUAUUUUAUGUUUCUGUGCAAGAUGUAAUAUUGAUUAUCAUUUGGGGAUCACAACAACUGCCAUUUUAUUUGAUCAACUCUUUUUUUGGUGUUGGCUUUUGAUGUGGGUCUACCAGUUCAAAAUACUCUCAUAAUUUACAUUGUUUCUGUGAGAAAGCACUCCUGCUGUGGGCUUUGCCUUGCCUGAAGGUUGAUGUGAUGUCUGUGCUAGCAGGCCUACUGAAAUGAUAUCACCCCAAAAUGAAGUACGGUUAUGAAGGUGUGAAGGUACUUUAUCUCGACACUGAGUGCAAUAGUUGAGUUGCUAUGUUGGCUUUUCUGAGGGAACAGUUGAAGAAUACAGUAUGUUUUGAAUUCUGGGGUUGAACCCUUUUGCAAGCACUGUUUUCUCACGUUGGUGUUCGGUGACCACCAAUUAUGUAUAAGAUAAAAAAAAAUAUUUGACUGAGCAUCUGGCUAUAUAUGCUUAAAUAAUAAAAA